AUGUUUCAACCGUCGAACCGCCUCGAAGAACCGCCGAUUACUAACGCUCCUUGUUUACUAUUGAGCCUGCGAGUUACGCGUCUAUGGUCAGUGGCUCCAGACUCGGCCCAGUCUGUUACUACUUUUGUUGGUCAACUUCGCGCGAAUUUAAUUGAGAGGCGGUCAGUAGAUCUUCUCAGAGUUUCUCUACCAAAUGCAUGGAAAAGGGUUGUGGAUAACUUUCUCUUAAUGCAGCGAGAGCUUUGUACGUUCCCUCUGGCUUCAAAUUACCUGCAUAAAUUGUCAAAUGCAGGCUAUAUCACCGUUGAUGACCUGAAAGAUGUGACGCCAACUGAAUUAAGUGAAGGCAAGUCCUCGGUUAGAUUGUUCACUUUAUUUCCACUUGUGCUUUUUGACCAACCAGCCUAUGCUUCUUUGUUGUCUCGUGACUUUUCAGCAAACUUCUCGCUUUCAAACAUGCAAAUCAAACAGACGUUUUCAAGGGUGUCAAGAGGUGACGAAGAUGACAAAGAGCUCGAGUGGAUGGGGUGUGGGUUGUUUUGAGAACAAAAAGUUGGAGAUCUUUAAAGGGAGCAGGGUAACAAGACAGAGAAUUGUAUGUGUGAACUGCAUGAUAAAUUGUAAUCAAAUAUUUUCGAAUUGAUUCAAUCUUGACCCUUUGACUCCCAAGAUCUGAUUGUUAAUUCUCAACUCAAGCUGUUACACCUGCAUAUCUGGUAAAAUUAGUUACGGAGUUAAGAAAACAGGAAAUGAGAAUAUUCAAUCUUAUCCAGAAGAAUUUUUUUAUCUUGCUCUAAUACCAAAUUCUUGUACCAGAUUUACAAAGAAGAAGGGAGAAUAAACCAUUAAAUUUUUGGAGUCAACGGUUGAAGGUACUGAAGAGAGUAAGGUGUUAUACCAAAUUGACACUCUUAAGCUGUUUUUGUUUUGUUUUGCCUGUUUUCUGAGUUUUUUUUGAGGAUAGGUAGAUGUGUUUCUUAUCUGGCACUGUUUAGAAAAAAAAUGUACUUCCCAUUGAUUAUUAGAUCUGGGAAUUGAUAAAGAAGAAUCUCUUAAGAUAGUUCAGACUGUGCGAAGCACUAAAGACUCCUCACAAUCCUGGAACAAGAAGCCAACCAUCAGUGGGAAACAUUCAUCAAGUUCCAUCCCAGGAAGUACAAAUGCCUUUGACCUUUUGCAACAAGAGCAGUCUGCUGGUAGUAUUGUCACUUUCUGUGAAAAGUUUGAUGACAUGUUGGGUGGAGGAGUACCAGUUGGUAAAAUCACAGAGUUCUGUGGAGCACCUGGCAUUGGAAAAACUCAAAUAGGGUAUGAACCUAAUAUUACAGUAAUGUUUAAGUUACAAUUAAGUUCUUAUGGACUAAUAAUGUUACAGUAUAAUUUAACAGACAGAAAGAACACUACAGUCCUACAGGCUUUGGAUCAAUACCUGUGGGAUAUCAUAAAACCUGCACUGAGGACUGAAAAGUGACAUCACUGUCAAAAAAACCAUAACUCCUUGAAUCACCACUUCCAUUUCAAUAAAAGCUCCUGUUAAAUGUGUGACCCUUGUUAUAAUUUUUUUUAAUAUAAUAAGCAUCAGUAAACUGUCAGAGGUAAGCAUGCAAUGGACUAGGAUCCCUGACCCUGGAGGGGUAAAAACACUCCCAGUCACUUUGCGCCAUGGAAACAAACCGGAAUAAGCUCAGGCAGUGAGAGAUGACUCGCAUUUAAUUCAUUUUAUUCUACUUUCUCUUACUUGUAAAUCCUUUAAAUUUGUUGUGAUUGCCUCUCUUCAUUUCACCUUAUAUGGAGCCAAUUGAUAUGUUUGUAUUUCUGGUGAUUUCAUGUUUUUUGUAUGGACUACUGACCAACAGGAUUUAGUUAAAUCCUUUUUCCAAACUAUCAAAUGGUUUUAACAUUUUUUUUUUUCAGAAUGCAGCUAGCUGUAGAUGUUCAGAUACCUGAUGAGUUUGGUGGACUUGAUGGAGAAGCCAUUUAUAUUGGUACAGUCAUAUCACUUUUUAUGUUUCAAAGGCAUCAUUUUUUCUAGUGUCCUCAACUUUUUAUUAAUAUUUUCUUGCAACAUUUCAGACACUGAGGGAAGUUUUAUUGUUGAGAGAGUGUUAGACAUAGCAACUGCUGCCAUAAGGCAUAUAACAAAUGUAGUCCAGUCUUCUGAUGCUGAUGAAACAGGUACUGAGGCAUUACAUUUUCUGUGAAACUGUUUCCUUUUUGACUGACGUGGGAUGAUAUUUAAGUCUUACAGGCCUUGAUACCCAAUUCUUAACAAAAGCUUAUCUUAGAUUUCUUGCCAGUAACCCUUUGCAUUCUAACAUCAGUAUGCAUAUUCUCUAUACUGUUCUCUAUUCAUUUCCUAAUGUGCUGACAAGGAGAAUUUGUUUAGGAAUGAAGAUUUGCUUUAGUUGGUGAACAUUUCCUUUAUUCUUGUGACCUUUACAUGUGAUUCAGGGGUAAUACUGUAAGGAGUGUUACACUACUCUUGUUGGACAGGAUGCUUCUCCAAUUGCAGCUAUCCCUGAGCUUUCUUACAAAUGUUUGCCCAAGAACACAACAGAGAGAGUGACCCUGACAAAGGCUAGAACCCAAACCUCUAUUUCUCAUGUCUAGUGCAAAAACUAAGAUAGAAGCAGCCACAUCUCAUUGUAUAUGAUUAUGAGAGUAGCUGAGCAUGUAAGGGACCCAAAGUGAAUCUCAAGGUCUUAUUUUAAAUUACUCAGCUAGUGUCUCUUCCUACCAAGAAAUAAAAACUUCCUUCUCUUCAAUACCCAUGUCUGACAAAGUUGUGAAGCUGACAAUCAAAGUUAUUGGACAAAGAGACCUUUGCAACUUGGAUAGUUCCUGAGAGGAUCUUUAUGCAGAUUAAAAUAAAACAGGAGUGCUUUGUUCAUUAAUUUUCAUCUCUGUCUUUUCAUUACUGUUGCUGACCAGAAAGGGGUCUGCUAAAUGAAGCCUUAAAAAAGUUUCACAUGGAAAGCAUCUUGUCAAGGAUCUAUGUGUUCAGAUGCCAUGACUACAUGCAACUAAUAGCAUUGUCCCAUGUUUUACCAGACUUCCUGGAAGAACAUCCCAAGGUAACUUAACUCAAGGAAAUUCAACCAAAGGGUGAAUCAAUAAGAAACCAAAAUAUGAAUUGCAUUAAAGGGUGAAACAACACAGGCAACUUUGGACUUGGGGUAAGGUUAUUACCAAAAAAAGGGGGGGUGUGUGCCAAGACCCUCAAUAGAAGGCAAGAACUAAAGUGACCUAUGCCAGACUUUCAUGCUAAAUGCUCACAAAUGAAUCAAUGUCUCCCUCAUAAUUUGCACAAAUUGUGUAGUAAUUGUUAAAGUCUGAUGGAGAGCAGUUUCUAUGAGGGAAUGACUUUUUUAGCACAGAUUUCCCUAUUCUAUACUGAUGGACAUGAUGAAGACAAAAUAAUGUUUCUAAAAUUUCUGAAUCUGAAGGUUGUAAUUUUUUUUUGGAGAGAAAUGUUUUUAAUAUUUUUGAAUCUAAAAGUUGUAACACUACUCCUCCUCUCUGCUUCCCCCCCCCCCCCUUCCCUCCCCCUCCCAAGGGUGGUAUACUCUUAAAUGUGGCCAGAGUUAGCAGAGGGUACUGAUGUGGCCCAAAAAAAAGAACCUUUGAGGGUAUACAAUAUUUGCCACAACUUAUGGGAAUUCAUCAAAGUGGUGUAAUUACCCCCCCUCCUUGCACAAUUUUUUUUUUUUUUUUUUUUUUUACAUUGUAAAGUUCUUUGUUGUUUUGUUUGUUUUUUUUCUAAUUUCAGGUGAAGCUCAUUGUGGUGGAUAGUAUUGCAUUUCACUUCCGUCAUGACUUUGAUGAUCUUGCUUUGAGAGCAAGACUGCUGAAUGGCUUGGCACAGAGCUUUAUAAAAAUGGCGUGUGAACGGCAGCUAGCUGUAAGUAAAGAACUUGAAGCAUGCGCCACUUUCUCUCAACCAAUCAAAUGCAAAACUUCCAACAACUUGCAACUUGGUUACGUGUAUUUUCUUUCAUUUCGGGCAGUUUGCUUGAUUUUGAUCUGGUUUUACAACAGUUGCUAGAACUGCACAUUACACAGUCAAGUAACUGGUUUUCAACACGAGAGUAUAACGUUUUCCCGAAUAGUAGUUCAAGAUCUCUUUUUUUUUUGUUUAUAUUUGUUUGUUACUUGUUUAAUUUGUAUUUCAGUAGAUGUAAUUGUUCAGCCAAGCUUACAGAAAAGGUGUCAUUUUUUGUGAGUGUAUUUUUCAGGGGAGCUGAGGCAGCAUAAAGGGGUGAGAUGCGCUUGCCUCGCUCUUGCCCAUAUCGCCUGAUAAAAGCCCAAAAAAAAACUUUUUUCGCAAGCUUGUUUCUCCGUAAAUCAGAUGAAUAGUAGAUGAUAACUGUCUAAGUUCCUGUUGGGUUUAUAACUUAUGUUAGACAAUUUAUUACGCAUGUAUUAGGUGGACAGCUAGUAUUAUGACUUGUAAGUUAUACCCCAAGGAGCCAAUGUUUUUGGUUUUUUUCGUGCCCCACACAGGUAGUUUUCAUGAAUCAGAUGACCACUCGUGUCAAAACCACUCAGCUAGGCCAGUCACAUCUGAUACCCGCAUUAGGUGAGUUGCCUUUAAACGGUAGAACAGCUAACCCCCCUGUUCAGCAUAAAUCAAACUGGAGUUGUUAAUUUGUUUUUUUGUUGAUUGCAGGUGAAAGCUGGGGUCACGCCAGCACGAUUCGUGUGGUGUUGUACUGGGAAGAUAACCAGAGGUACCGACUACUGUGUCACGAACUGUAUAGUAUUAAGUAGAAUAUAGUUUUUUACUAAUUUUUUAAAGUCUCAUAACUUCACACAGUAGAAGGGGCUGCAAAGUGAGUUACUGCAGAAUGCUAACCACUUCUGGAAUCUUGCCUCAAAGAUUUUGCUCGUGAAAUUGAGGGUUUUGAUGCGCUUUUUUCUUACUCAAGGUUUGCCAACUUGUACAAGUCGCCUUCACGACAGGAGAUGAUAAUUCCUUUUCAAAUUACGGUAAAAUGAGAUACUGUAUACUCUUUUACUUGAAUAACUGUCAACUUAAGCUUUGCUUAUCGUGUUUCUGUUGGCCUUUUAACUCCCACGAUCAGAUUCUGACAUCUACACAUUUCCUUGUGAAUAAGUUACAAUAAUUUGGUGUUACAUCAAACGAGCAACUUCUACCUGAUAAGUCGGAGUGUCAUCACCUGUGUUGACGAAUGUAUGGACAAUGAAGAUAAAAGUUGCACGUUAGUCACUUCUGAGAGUAAUAGUGUACAUGAAAAAAUUACGCGCUUCAGAUUGGCUGAAAACGAGUACAUUCUCAUGUAUCACAAGACCAAAGUUGUAAUACGAGCGCAAAUUACAAAUAAUGCACGCGCGCUUUUAAAAUUUCGUCUGUCUUGACUUUCGGCGAUUUUUGUCAUGUACAUUAUUAACAAGUAAUAACAUGAUUCAAUUUGGUGGGAUAAGCACUUGUAAAUGCUUCAAAGACUACGGACUCGUGCAAUUUUUGUCUUUAAAAAAUUUACCCGUGCUUAUUUACAACAAAGUGCACUCGAAAUCAUGUUGUUACCUAUACUUGAUGAGUAAAUUAUAUCAGCGCAAAAGUCAUUCUUGAUUUAUGCCCCUUUCCAUGAUUACCCUUUUUCGUGUUUUUCUACACUAAAAAAGAAAACGAGUCUAGCUCAUUAUGUGAGGGAGACACUUGCAGUUUUCAGAAGUUUUUUUUUUUCACUCCGUUCUCUCUUUCUACCUUUUAUCAACUCGUUUGGAAAUAUAUACUAGUGCUGUUAAUGCAACUGUGGGGAGAUUCAAUUCAUAUUUGGUUUGAGCGCUUUUCGAGUGAUUUUCAUAAAACCAAACCCAAAGUAAUCGCAAUGGCCAAUCAGGAGAAAGGAAAAAACUUUUAAGAGCCAAUGAGAACUUUACUCAAAGUAAAAACAAACCAAACUCCCUAAAGCGCGGGAAAACGCAGGCGACCAAGCCGCGAUUGGUUUUUAGUUUUGCAUCUGAUUGGUUGAGAGAGUGAUGCGAGUUUUCUCCACCAAACGCAGAGCGAAGUAAAGCAAUGCAAUCUAGGACUACUUGUUCUUUAUGCGGUAGUCUUUCGAAGAGUGUGCUGGAAUGGGUGGAAACUGGAAUCAACAGAAACCAUCCCAAUAUAUCUACUUCCCUCAAGAAUAGCUAGGCUAGGGUCCUGUUGAAAGAAUUUCAUGCACGUUAUGCUCUCCUUCAUUUGAUUUUAGGCUGACGGAGUGCGUGACUGUUUCACCAAUAAGCUCCAACAGAGUCACAAGGACAGUAAAGAAGCCCAGUCAGACCAGCAUAGUGUAACAUAUGAAGGAGAAGAAAUUGCAAGUUCUGUUGCUAAGAAAAGACGCCUGAACGAAGUGACUUGAGAAUAAAAUGAUAUGGUUUUAUGAAAAAUUGAUCCUCGUAAAUAAAAAAGAAAUACAUCCUAUUUUGCUAUUUAUUGAUCUAAGACGUGCAACGGCUUCUGUCUUACUUUCUGCGAUAAGUUGGCCAGUAAACUUCCAUGUUAACCAAGGCAGAAUUUCUCCUUACAAUAUCGAUACAAUAUUACACAGAUUACGGGGAAUUGAGUACUUGAUCUAAUGCCAAAUUCUCCAAAUUAACAUUAUAAGAAUUUUAUGAGAGAGAAUGUGGAGAAUUACUAAAUAAUAAGAUUUUGGGAGUGAAAAGGUCAACGUUUUGUUUGCGCUCUCUUCUUUAUUGUGGAUGAAACAAUCUGUAAAGUACGAUUUACAUUAGUUAUUUGUCCAGUCGAAAUUUGGGUGAGAGAUGACCAGCAUCUCUUAAAAUGUUAGUAAAAUACAACUCUCUGUUAGUAUAUUAAAAAGAUAAGCAACGAAUUUUUGGGAACACGAAAAUAACCCUUCCAAUAUUAAAAAAAAAACGUGAUCUUCGUGGAGGGAACAAAUAAAGUCAUCUACCGGGGUAAUCCAGCCUAAAAUCCUUCAGGAAUUCAACCCAAGGCAAAUAACGGCCUACAAUACCUUGCCAACUAAAUUCGCGCUUCCCUAAUGGCGCAUAUGCACCCCACUCAUAGUUAAAUAAGUAAAUGAGUUGUUUUUUCUCUCUUUUGUACCUUGACCCUUUUCGGUCUAAUGUCGGUGUUCAGAUUCUCCACACGGUUCUCAGAACAUUUCCUAUGGUGCUAACACGGAGAAUUUGUUUGACAGUCCACAGCGCUGUCGAUCAUUUUCUUUAUUCAUUUGGCCUUGAUUUUUGAUACAGCGGCGAAACUGUAGAAGAAAUCUGAUGCGUGACACCCUUAGGGGCUAACGGAGGCUUUAGUUCAAAACGUAGUUGUCAAAGAUGCGUUACAGUUUUAGUCUCCGCGUUUGCGUGACGACCGUUUCGUACACUUUAAGAAGUCUUUGCGUUGCCUUCAAAGGUAAUCAAGCUUACUUAAGAAUUGUCACAGAUCAGAAUAUGUGAAGAGGUAAAGUUAUCGCCGGAACCAUAUUAUUUUCCAUCGAUGAAACUGGUUUUUCAAAAAUCUCACAAAUAAAGUAUGCAUAUCGGUGGGAUGACGUAAUCAGCACAUGACGAGGCAAUUUGCGUAGCAAUUCCAGUCACACCGGCAUUAUGUAACUUCCAUUUCGGCGGAAACUUCCCUUCGGACUUAGAAAUGGCUUCCUCGUGUUCACAACUAAAAACAAAAGUCUCUGCCUGUGCUCCUACUGAAUCAGGAAACAAAUUGACCUUUGGAGUGUCGGUAACGUUCACGCGCCCUUCGGAAAUCACGGGACCGAAAUUGACCUGAAUAGUCCUUAUCGGUACAUAUCAGUUUACCUUUGGUUGAAAUGUUGCUAGAACUACCCGUCUUUUGCAGUACAAACUAAGGUAAAAUACUGCAGUUUGCAAGCGGUUCUUCAUCCCUCGUACGAUAACUUUCUCAUUUGACGGCGGAUAUAGUACCAUCGGUCACGUAAUUAGAAACAUGGCAAACGGGGAAUUUGCUUCAAAGGGAGCUUGUUGUGUUGUUGGUUGCAAGAAAAUUGCUUUCCUUCUAACUUUUGGAAUUUUGCUCGUGAUAGCAGGAGUAACUCUAUAUUUUGAGAUGGAUCGCUAUAUUCAGAAUAAGAUAAACGAUAAUUUAGUGCUCAAACCAGGUUCAAGUGUUACCAAGGAAUGGAUAAAUCCUUCAGUGCCAAUAUACCUACAAUUCUAUAUUUUUGACAUAUCGAAUCCAAUGGAGGCGAAGCAAGGAAAGCGACCGUACCUUGUUCAGAAAGGUCCGUACUCAUACCGAGAGCACAGGCCGAAACAGAACGUAACAUGGAAUUCAAAUACAGAAACGGUGACGUACAAUGAGAAAAUGUCGUUCGUCUUCGAUGCAGAAACAUCUUGUGAUACCUGUGAUCCCUUUACUGAUAUCGUAACUACAGUAAAUAUUCCAUUAGUUACAUUGGCGGAAGCAGCUGGUAAAUUACCAAAGAUUGCGCGAGACGCUAUAUCACUUAUCUUUGAUGGUUUUCAGGAGAAACUGUAUACAAAAAGGCGCGUCCAAGAUUUACUUUGGGGUUACCCUGAUCCAAUAUUCAAGGAGUACAAUGAUUUAAGGGACGAUCUUCCAAAGUUUUUGCAGGAAUAUCUUCCUGAGGUACCUUUCAUAAUAGCCCUUCAACAGAAUAACACUUAUGACGGUGUGACCAGUGUAUUUACUGGCAAGACUGAUAUCAGCAUGUUGGUGCACUGGAUGGAUUGGAAAGGUAUGACAAAGCUCCAGGUUUGGAAAACCAGGUAUGCAAACAUGAUAAAUGGAACAGAUGGCUCUCAAUUUGCUCCAGGAAUAAGCAAAGAUGAUACACUGUAUGUGUUUGUUACACAACUGUGUCGUUCGCUGUACUUUACUCAUGAAACAGAGAGUGAUGUCCAUGGUAUUGAGGCCCUUCAAUUUACUGUCCCUUCAAAGGCCUUUUUGAAUGCCACUGCAAAUCCAGACAAUGAAGGGUUUUGCACAAAAAAAUGUUACCCAUCUGGUAUUUUGGAUAUUGGUGUAUGUCAGCCACCCUCCCCUAUAGCGAUACCCCUUUUUAUUUCAGCACCACAUUUCUACUUGGGGGACAAAUCCCUUCUCAAGCCACUAGAAGGUCUUUCUCCAAAUAAAGCGGAUCAUGGCACUUUUCUUAACAUAGAACCUCACAUAGGAAUAUCAUUGUGGAGCAGCAAGCGACUUCAAAUCAAUGUGAAAGUUGAACCUGUGGAUGGCAUUUCUCAGACAUCUGGAAUCCCAAGCAUGUUUUUUCCUGUCUUGUAUAUAAAUGAGACAGCAACUAUUGACAGUUCAACAGCUGAGAAGCUGAAGAGUCAGGUGCUAUCCAAGUUCACUCUAGUUCAUGCCAUUGAGCUGGGUGUGGUUUCAUUGGGAGGUCUGCUUAUCAUCAUUGCUUUCAUUUUGUUCAUUGUUCGUACUUUACAUUUACGAAAAAUGAGGAGGCGAAUGCUUAUAGGUUUAAUCAACCGUGGUUCUGAAACAAGUCCUCUUUUGUCGUAA